AUGAUCACAAAAGGCUGCCUACAUCUUUGCCUGCUGAUGCUCUUCUUCACUGGCAUCUCUUCUCAGAAUUGCAACGAACUUCGCAGAUGGCUACAGAAUGUGAACAAAAGCAACUUGGAACUUCUGGAGAGCAAAAUGAGAGCAAGCAUUCCCCUGCAAUGCUUAGACGAUGGAAGAGACGUCAUGGCCACCACAGAAAUCCUCAGGAAGAUCCAAGCAUCUCAGGGGGAGAAUGCCAAGGUGGCCAUCCAUGAAAUCCUCCAGCAGACUUUCCGCAUCUUCAACCAAAACCAUACAGAAACUGUGUGGGAUAUGAAUUCAAUGGCAAUUUUCCAGAAUGGACUGGACCAUCAGAUCAAGCAUCUGGGAUCCUGCUUGAGUGCCAAUACGGAGAGUGCCAUCACAUCUCCAAGGGGUCAGAGCACCCAGCUGAUCAGGCUGAGAGUGAAAAGCUAUUUUCAAAGAAUCGAUGACUUCCUGAGAGAGCAACAGUACAACAUGUGUGCCUGGGAUAUUGUCCAGAUGGAGUUUAAUCUGCAGCCAUUGAUUAAGGAACAAAAGCAGCUGAAUGAAACUGAAACUUCAGCAGAGCUCCAGAAUCAUUCAUCUUUCCUUGAUUCCUCCAAUGACAAAAUAUGCAAUAUUACAAUGAAGCCGUAUGCAGACAAGAAAGGACCAUCCCUCCCUGCUAAAGAAAAAAAAAAGGACAGGCAAUGA